CACGAUUGGAUUACUCUCAUCGGUAUUCAGAAAAGACCGGAAUGCCUUUGGAUAGAACAGAAGCCAAAUCUGAAGAAAAACUUUUCCGAACGCCAUCUCCGAAGAAAGCUAGGGUAGAAUUAAAAAGAAGCGCAACCCGAAGCGACGUGGACUUCCAUGAUGUUGAAGAGGAUAUGGGAGAAGGUACGGAAGAGGGUAUCAAUGAAUAUACGGGAGACGGUACGGAGGAAGGUGCAGAAGAAGAUGUAGGAGAAGGUAUCGAAGAGCGUGUGAAUGAAGGCAUGGAAGAGAGUGUGGAAGAAGAUAUGAAUGGCCAUUAUGAAGAAGAUAUGAAUGACGAUUUUGAAGAAGAUUUGAAUGGCCAUUCGGAAGAAGAUUUGAAUAGCCAUUUUGAAGAAGGUGUGAAUGGCCAUGUGGAAGAAGGCAUGAAUGGACAUUACGAAGAAGGCGUAAACGGGAGUAUGAAUUUCCGCAUCGGAGAACGUAUGCAAGAUGAUGAGGAUAACGAUUUGCAAGAAACAACAACCAAUCUUCAGAAGUAUCCCAAUCUUGACGAGCAGGAAUCCAUAG